AUGACCGAAGCUGUAGUACCGCCAAUUCCCGCUGCCGCGGCAAAGAAGAAGUUUGCGACCCCUCCUGUUAAGAUUGCUUGCCUCUCCUGCCGAGCUUCACGAACACGAUGCGAUGGAGCAAGCCCUUGUGCCAGUUGUAAGAGCCGAGGGCGCGACUGCGUCUACAAACCGAGCAGAAGAGGAGGCGCUCGUGUGAGGCGGAAACCGCGGCCGGUUGAUGAACUGGCCCAGCAGAACCCGGGCUUCAAUGGCGACAUGCCCGUCGAUGAAGCCACUCCUCAAGACCCCAUAUCCCUCCAGAACUACAUCGACCCUGGAGCAGGCCUGAAGCAGCUUCAAGACUUUUUCCAGGACAGCGAUUUCAUCUUUGACACCUUGUUCAUGUCUGGCGUCCCGGGAAGCACCAGCGGCGAAAGCGCAUCGGAAGCCUCUUUCAACUUUCCCACUCCCCCGGUUCCUGUCGCUAGGACAUACAAGAGCGACCAAGCCAUUCUGGAUGCCUACUACAUCUUCAUUCAUCCAUUCUUUCCGAUUCUCCCUCCGCCCAGCGGUCUGCCCAUCGACCAGGCUGUGCCGCAUUUCCAGAAUGACACGGAGACAUUCCAGGACGAGUACCAGCCCUCAACCCCGGUCAGCUUGGCUAUAUCCGCCAUCUUGGCUCUGAUUCCAUGCGCCAACGACACCAACCACUUAAGCAAGGAGUCGGUCGUUUUCAGACGUCGAUACGCCCAGUACCUGGCACAAUGCGCAGUCGAGAGCAUCGAAAUCGAGUCCGAAAUCCCCGACUCAUCCAUCGAGCCACCAAAGGCCCUGAACGAAUCGCCAGAUGAUUUUCCCCGGCAGCAAUUCCACCCUGGUGUGCCAUUGGAGCUGGAAAGCGUCAUCGCGUUGGACAUUCUGAGCGUCUACGAGUAUGCACAGAGAGGCAACUUGAAGAAGAUGCAAGCGAGGGCGGGCCAGGCACUGGUAUCCGCCAUGUCCCUAGGAAUCCACGCCUGCACCGAGGACGACAUUUUCGCCGAGGCUCGACGAAGAGUCUGGUGGAUGACGUAUAUCUGUGAGCCGACCUUUUCAGUGUUUACGCCGAGCUACACGACCAAGUACCCGACCAUCCAAUCAGACCCUGAGGCCUUUGCCGUGUAUAUUCAGGCCCAGCAGGCCAUCCUGUCGGCAACACAGUUCGUGAUUGAAUUGAACAAGACGGUCAAGAGUGGUGGCGACAUGACGCGCAUCUACGCGAGGAUGAAGGAGAUGGAGCAAUACUUGGAGCCCCUCAACACGGUUGCAGAUUCGUGGAUACUGCAAUCCACCACGACGACGCCACUCGAUCCCACUGAGGAGAUCCUUUCCCGGUCUCUCAGCGCGCGGAUCAAGAUCCACCGUUACUGUGCCUUCUUUGACAUGCCCGUGUUUUCAGGAAAGCACUGCGACUUGAAGUCCAAGGCCGACAAUGACAACGGUAUCGAGCCCAAGUCGUGGCCUUCGUGCUCCUGUAGCACGAUGAUGACCCUACCUUCGCCGCCAGUGACUAGCUCAAAUGGAACGGCCUCGCCACCAUACUCGGGAAAGAGAUCUCCUCAGUCGGACCACUCACCCAAUGGGAGCCCGCUGGCGACUUUUCCUUUCAGCAGCCACCAGUCGGCUAAGAUUUGCCUCAAAGCGGCUAUCAACAUUGCUAAUUCGUUCGACGACUUGCCAUACCCGAACCCCUUUGGCCAGCUCUGCCCUGCGCCGUGUUAUCUGGCGCCCACGUCGACGAUUGUGUGCCCUAGGACCAUGCCUUCCUUCGCUUGCUGCGCCAUGCAGUGCGCGUAUGCAUUGCUGAUGGUCAAUCACAAAACAAAGGCCAUGUAUCCCGAGAAUGCCCUGACAACCCCGAUGGUGGAGAGCUUGCUUUUGCGCCUGCAGACGGGCUUGGCCUCCAUCUCCGCGACGCUUGAAAACUAUGCUACGGCCUUUGAGGCCCUCGGCGGGAUGCGCGACCAAAUUCGCAGUGUUAUCGAACCCACCAUGAUGUUCGAUCCCACGGUCUAG